AUGCCGCGCGGCGUUCGUCGCGACGAUCUUCAGGCUCCCGCGACGGCCCCCACCGGCGCCGCGAGUCUCUCAGAACUCGGCAGCAGCAGCAAAAGCGAUACCUCUGUCCCUCUUGCCAAGAAGCGCCAGCGGUUCGGUCAACAGGAGGACUUUUUGCUCAUGCUCCAAGUGAAGCUCGACGCCCCCUACAAGGCGCGACAUGGCGCGAUCCAAAGGACGUGGGACGGUGUGGCCGAGCGGCUGAACGCGCAUCCGGACUUUGACAUGCGGCCGGUGAAGGGCUCGACCGCCAAAGCGCGUUUCGAUACGCUGUUGAACCGACAUCGCGAGUGGAUGGAACAGGCGCGAGCACGUGCCGAGAUGUUGUCGGACGAAGAACAGGCCGAAGGAGGAGAGGGAGAGGAGCACGAAGGGACGGGCGAGAUGCGAGAGAAGCGGAGGCGGAUGGACCAGCGAGACGGUCCGGUGCGGGCGCUUCUGACGGAAGUGAUUGAGCAGAUUGACGAGAUGCAGUUGAAGGUCGAAGAUCAUGCCCAAGCGCUCAGCAGAGGAGCAAACAGAGACGAAGAAGAAGAGGGAGAAGGAGGAGAUGGGGACGCUGGUCGAGGCUAUGGACAGCCGCAGAAGAGAGUGUAUGAGGAGUACGAGGACGAGGAGGAGGAAGAGGAGGACAAUGGUGAUGAUGCAAUGGCGUCACGUCGGCUGGCAAAGCGUCGAGCCAGUUCAAGUGGAGAUAGGCCACCGGUGGACCAAGAGCAGUGGCUGAUGCGACGAGACGUUGAUGGUGCGCAAGUGUCGCGGAUGCACGUUGAUUCGUUGCCGAGGGUACAUGAUAUUCCAGGGCGAAGCGAUGUAGUUUCGGAAGAACAAUCUGCUGCGCCGUCUUCACCGGACGGUCUAGAUACUGGAGACUUGACAACAGUACAGCAAGCGAUGGGCGAGUUGCUGAAAAUGCAGCACGCAUUUGCAAUGAAUCUAAGUGGUGGUGGUGGUGGCGGUCUUAUGGCUGAGCUGGAAAAGAUGAACGAGGCGAGACUUCGCGAAGAGGAGGAGAAGACAAAACAGCGCGAUCUGGAGCUUUUGAUCGAGAGGCAACGCACGAAACGGCGACAGAUAGAGCUGGAGUUUGAGCGAAUGGAGCGCCAGAAGGACCGUGAGGAACAAGCCAAGUUGAUUGCAAGCAUAGUCGAGCGUCUGCAGCCGCCGAUAAAAGACUAA